GGACGGAAACUCCGGGGUCCGGGGGAGCGGGAGGGAGGCGUGCGGGCGAAAGGCGCAUUGCUGCAGCCUGCGGCGGCCUCGGAGCGCGGCGGGGCUCGGCUCUGAUCCCGUCCGCGCCUGGUCUCCUCCUCCUCCCGCGACUCCGCGCGCCAUGCGCCCCCAGAGCCCCGCCGCCUGCCCGCCGCGGCUCCUCGGCCUCCUGCUGUGUCUGCUGCUGCAGCUGCGGGCGCCGUCCAGCGCCUCCGAGCUUCCCAAGGGGAAGCAAAAGGCGCUGCUCCGGCAGAGGGAGGUGGUGGACCUGGAAAAUAGCAGUGUGGAAAGUCAUGACAAAAAUCAUUUAUCAAAACAAAGAUCAAAUUGGGGAUGUGAGAAGCAAAUUGUUUGGCAGUAUAAUGGAAUGUGCUUACAAGGGCCCGUGGGGGUGCCAGGACGAGAUGGCAGUCCUGGGGCCAAUGGCAUUCCUGGUACCCCUGGAAUCCCAGGUCGGGAUGGAUUCAAAGGAGAAAAGGGGGAAUGCCUGAGGGAGACCUUUGAAGAGUCCUGGACACCUAAUUACAAGCAGUGUUCAUGGAGUUCACUGAAUUAUGGCAUCGAUCUUGGGAAAAUUGCAGAGUGUACAUUUACAAAGAUGCGUUCGAACAGCGCUCUAAGAGUUUUGUUUAGUGGCUCACUUCGGUUAAAAUGCAGAAAUGCGUGCUGUCAGCGUUGGUAUUUCACAUUCAAUGGAGCUGAAUGUUCAGGACCUCUUCCCAUUGAAGCCAUAAUUUAUUUGGACCAAGGAAGCCCUGAACUGAAUUCAACAAUUAAUAUUCAUCGCACUUCUUCUGUUGAAGGGCUUUGUGAAGGAAUUGGUGCUGGAUUAGUGGAUAUUGCCAUCUGGGUUGGUACUUGCUCAGAUUACCCAAAAGGAGAUGCCUCUACUGGAUGGAAUUCAGUGUCUCGAAUCAUCAUUGAAGAACUACCAAAAUAAACUCUUUAAUUUUCAUUCCCUACCUCUUUUUUAUUUUACCUUUGAAUGGUUCAUUUUAGUGGCAUUUUAUAUAAUUAUGUAUACAUCAGAAAGAAAAACAAAGCUAAAUGUGUUUGCUGACCAAAGUGUGAUUUCACACAGUUUUUAAAUCUAAUAUUACUUUUACUCACUUUCUUUCAACCAAAAAUGUUUUUAGGACUUUGUAACUGAUUAGAAUAUUUUCUUCAUGUUACCAUUCCCUGAACCUAUAACUUGGAAUAUCCUUGUGGUCUGUAUUUUUCCUCUUCUCUUAGUAUAGCACGUUUGAAAACGUAAGAGCUGCCAGUCUUUAUACAAGUUGUAAAUGUCCAGAAUUGUUUUAUAUCUGUGAAAUAAAACUUAUUUCAAACAACUUUAUCUUCAACCCAACUGACA